AUGCAACACAGUAGAAAAAAUGGCGUCUUACUUGACAAUAGGUUUGUGGUUCCAUACAAUGCUAUGCUACUAAAAAAGUAUCAGUGCCACAUAAAUGUUGAGUGGUGUAACCAAGCAGGAUCCAUCAAAUAUCUCUUCAAAUACAUUAAUAAGGGUCCGGAUAGAGUGACAGCUUCUGUUUACGAAAGUACCUCCACUGCUAAUGUGAACCCUCAAAACAAGGAAAUGAAAAAUAAUGAAAAUCUCUCAAACGAAACAGAAGUAGAUGAAGUUAAAGCAUAUCUUGAUUGUAGAUAUAUUUCAGCGUGUGAAGCUGCUUGGAGAAUCUUUAAGUUUGACAUACACUAUCGGCAUCCAUCUGUUGAAAUAUUACCUUUUCACUGUGAAGAUGGUCAGGCUAUUGUUUAUGACGAUAAUUCAAACUUGUGUGACGUGGUCAGUAACCCAACUGUGAAAAUGUCUAUGUUCACAGAAUGGAUGAAAUGUAAUCAAACGGAUGCAUUUGCUAGAACUUUGAAGUAUAUAGAGUUCCCCAGAUACUUUGUAUGGAUACGCAAAACACGAAAGUGGGUACGUAGAAAAAAACCUUUUGGUGCAGUUGGUAGGAUACAUUAUGUACCUCCAUCACUUGGUGAUUGUUAUUUCUUGAGAAUUUUAUUGAAUCGCGUUAUAGGACCAAUGAGUUUCAAUGAUAUAAAAACAGUUGAUGGAAAAAUAUAUCAUACUUUUAAAGAUGCAUGUUUCGCUCGCGGUCUGUUGGAUGAUGAUAAGGAGUAUUUAAUGGCCAUUAAUGAAGCAAGUGCAUGGGCUACUUCUGAUUUCUUGCGUACAUUUUUUGUAAUGCUCUUGAUGUCAAACUCCAUUUCUAGGCCGGGUAUUUUCUGGAAGGAAACAAAAUCUCUAUUAUGUGAAGAUAUAUUAUAUCAGCAACGGAGGAUUACUGGUAUUCCUGAUUUGGUUCUUAAAGAGGAAGAGAUUGAAAACAUUUGCUUAGCACAUAUCGAAAAACUGUUACUUGGUUAUGGAAGUACGUUAAGCAACUUUACUGACAUGCCAAAUGUUCCUGACAACUACACUUCACGAUUGAACAAUCAAUUGAUAAUGAAGGAACUUUCGUAUGAUCGGGCUAUCUUAAAAAAGGAACUUGCAGCUUCCCUAAAAUCUUUAACUGAUGAACAGCGAAAAGUGUAUCAAACCGUCAUGAAUGCAGUUGUUAAAGGAAGUGGAGGAGUUUUCUUUCUAUAUGGUUACAGUGGAACUGGUAAAACAUUUCUGUGGAAAACAUUUGCAGCUGCGUUACGUUCCAAUGGUGAAGUUGUGUUGAAUGUUGCAUCCAGUGGUAUUGCAUCACUUUUAUUAGAUGGUGGUAGAACGGCUCAUUCCAGGUUUGUAAUUCCGAUAAAUGUUAACGAGGAUUCUAUAUGCUCUAUUGAACCAAACAGUGAGCUAGGAGGCUUAAUCAAACAAACUAAGAUGAUAAUCUGGGAUGAAGCGCCAAUGACACAUAAGCAUUGUUUUGAAGCUCUGGAUAGAACAAUGAGAGAUAUAGCCCGUUCCAGUAAUCCGUCCUUGCAGAACAAACCUUUUGGUGGAAAGAUUGUGCUUUUUGGCGGUGAUUUUAGACAAAUCCUUCCAGUCAUUCCAAAAGGUACCAGAAGCAUGAUUGUAAAUUCUUCAUUGAAUUCUUCUUAUAUAUGGCAAGAUUGUCAGUUACUCAAGUUAACAAAAAACAUGAGGUUAAAAAUGGGUACCAAAUCAAGUAAUUUUAACGAGACCAAGGAAUUUGCUGAAUGGAUUUUAAGGCUUGGUGAUGGUCUACUUGGUGGUCCAAAUGAUGGAGAAGUGGAAAUUGAAAUUCCAGAUGAUUUACUUAUACUCGAUGCAGUCAAUCCUAUAUCUUCAUUGAUCGCUUUCACAUAUCCGGAUAUGUAA